AUGGGGAUUCUCACCCUAGUGAGCCGUACAGGCUGUACUGGCAAUACAAAUGGAGCAAGCAUGAAUGGUGUUGGAGAAAUGGAUUAUCCAGAUGUAGAUUUGGGACUUGCGCAACGAGGUCCACAUUUUGAUUUGGCUUACUCCAAAAACGUAACUGCUUUAGUGGGAAAGACUGCUCAAUUAAACUGUAGAGUUCAUGAUCUUGGAAACAGAACGGUAUCUUGGAUACGACAUCGCGAUAUACAUUUACUUACAUCAGGCCGUAUGACAUAUACCUCAGAUCAGAGGUUUAUCAGCGUCCAUAAUCCACACACUGAGGAUUGGAUAUUAAAAAUAAGGUUCCCACAGCGGCGUGACUCCGGUAUCUACGAGUGCCAAGUGGGGACAACGCCACCCAUCGGCCACCGCAUGUACCUCUCUGUCGUCGAACCACUCACGACAAUUCUGGGAGGACCUGAACUAUUCAUCAACAUGGGAAGCACCAUUAACUUAACGUGCGUGGUGCAGCACUCCCCCGAGCCACCACCUGCCAUUAGAUGGACUCAUAACGAUGAGGAAAUCAAUUACGACUCACCACGUGGAGGUGUCUCGGUCAUUACUGAAAAAGGUGAGACGACGACGUCUCAUCUCCUCGUCCAAAAGGCAAAGUCACCAGACUCUGGGCGAUAUACUUGUGCCCCAGCAAACGCUAACCCAAGAUCAGUGCUUGUACAUGUACUUAGUGGGGAACAUCCUGCCGCAAUGCAACAUGGAGGUCAACUUCGCCUGCAGUACCCGUUCUCCGCCGCGCUUCUGAGCGUUAUUGUCACUUUGAUGGGUUGCUAG